UAAUGGGAUUAAGAGACGUUGAAUUACUUGGAACAGCAUCAACGCAAGUAGUACUGACGGUGCAGCAGAAACCAGUGACGUCGAGCAACGCGGCAGCAGUAGCAGCGAUAGCAACAGUGACCACAGCAACAACAACCUCUGGUCUGCAAGUCGGGGUAGUCGGCGCUACGAGUCAGCAGCAUCAACGUCCGGUCAGUCUGUCGGCGGCCGGAAACAUGUCUCCCUCGCAACCAACGACCUCUCUUCAUCGAGCGUCCACCGCACCGGCGGGCGGUGCUCCGUGUAACACUCGAAUUACGGGCCCGCAACCAGUUGACCUCGAGAAGAAGCGUCAGCUAGAAACGCAGAGAGUUCAUACAUUUCAGCUUAUGUUGGAAAAGGAACAAAGUUAUGUAGACAAAUUACGGAGCGAGUUGGCAAAAGCUGGUACCGGUAGUGGCAACACCAAUGUCACGGCCGUGCAAGCAGAGCUGGCGGGUGCUGAGAGAAGAGUACGCACCUUGCAGGAACAGCUUGCAGCGAUUAGCACAACGAACGAACAGGUCUGCAUAUUUAUCCUUUUUCUAUAUAUUUCUUUGUCGGAUGUCUUUCAAGAAUUUUUUUUCGAGAAAAGUAUUGAAGCAAUUAAGAUGUAA